GUCAGACAGAUAUUAGAAUUUAGAUUGAGGGUUUGACCGGUCACAAUUUUUUCCGAAACUAUGGCUGCAAAAUACAAAAUUGUUAUGAUUCGCCAUGGCGAAAGUGAGUGGAAUCAGAAGAAUUUGUUUUGCGGAUGGUUCGACGCCGAUUUGAGUGAUAAGGGUCGCGAGGAGGCCGUGGCCGCCGGCAAGGCGUUGAAAGCCGAGGGUUACACGUUCGACAUCGCCCACACGUCGGUGCUGAAGCGAGCCCAGAUCACCCUGAACUCGGUGCUGAAAGAGAUCAACCAACCAGACCUGCCAGUUAGCAAGACUUGGAGGCUCAACGAGAGGCACUACGGUGGACUCACCGGCCUUAACAAAGCCGAGACCGCAGCCAAAUAUGGAGAAGCUCAGGUCCAAAUCUGGCGCCGCAGCUUCGACGUACCCCCUCCCCCAAUGGAGAAGGAUCACCCCUACUAUGACACCAUCGUGAACGAUCCCCGCUACGCUGGUGACCCAAAACCUGAAGAGUUCCCGAUGUUUGAGAGUCUCAAGCUCACUAUUGAGCGCACACUGCCAUACUGGAAUGAUGUUAUUGUGCCACAGAUCAAAGAAGGCAAGAAGAUUAUCAUUGCCGCUCAUGGAAACAGCCUUCGAGGCAUUGUCAAGCAUUUAGAUGGUCUUAGCGACGCCGCCAUCAUGGAACUCAACCUGCCCACGGGCAUCCCGUUCGUGUACGAGUUGGAUGAGGAUAUGAAGCCUACGGACUCCAUGCAGUUCCUCGGGGACGAGGAAACUGUCAAGAGCGCCAUGGCCGCUGUCGCCGCCCAGGGCAAGGCUAAGUAAAUCUAGACCUUAUUCCUUUUGUAUUCGAGUUAUGCUCGGGAUUUUUUUUUAUUGAAUGUGAUGUGAUUUCAUUCGAAGUUUAAAAGUGCAUUAAUUUUUGACGUUUUGAGUUUUUUUUACGUGCAGCAUCAAACUGUUUGAGCCUAUCGUACUCUUUUAAGGACAAUCAACGGAAUAAUUAGUUCACUAUCUGGAUUCAAAUUACUCAAAUGAGAUAUGUAAAGUUGAUGCACUUUUUUAUAAGCAGUCAAAAAUUACGUCAAUAAUAUUCGUAAAUAGUGUAAGGCAAUAUUCGGCAGAAUUCAGGCAAAAGAGUAAAUAAGCAUGAACUUUUAUCAUCGAAAUUCGCCUGUCAUUGAUAUUUAGAUGUUAUUCGAUAAGACAGGAAAUAUACAAUAUAGACAUCUCUCUAUAAUACGUUUUGAUUUUGUUUUAUGUUUAAAUAAGGAAUCUCGAAUAGUUUGCCAUUGCACUGUCAAAAUUAAUUAUUUGAAUAUAUGCUGAAGAUUUAAUAUAUCACUGAAUAUAUGCAAGUCAUAUAAACAUGUUGAAAUGUAGUAAUAAGCUUACUUUUAUUUAUUUAAUAGUAAUGAUUGUGAGAGUAAAAUAAACUGUUAUGAUGUAAA